GCCGCGCUCAUGUACGAUGCCGUGCACGUGGUGGCCGUGGCUGUGCAGCAGUCUCAGCAGAUCACUGUCAGCUCGUUACAGUGCAACCGACACAAGCCCUGGCGCUUCGGGAACCGCUUCAUGGCCCUCAUCAAAGAGGCUCACUGGGAUGGCCUGACUGGAAGAAUAAUCUUCAACCGGACCAAUGGCUUGAGGACUGACUUUGACCUCGAUGUUAUCAGUCUGAAGGAAGAAGGGCUUGAGAAGAUUGGUACCUGGGACCCUCCCAGCGGACUGAACAUGACGGACAACCAAAGGAGGAAGAUGACCAACGUCUCUGACUCCUUAUCCAACCGCUCCCUGGUCGUCUCCACCAUACUGGAAGAGCCAUAUGUGAUGUUCAAGAAGUCUGACAAGCCGUUGUACGGGAAUGACCGCUUCGAGGGAUUCUGCAUAGACCUGCUGAGAGAGCUGGCCAGCAUCCUGGGCUUCACGUACGAGGUCCGCCUGGUGGAGGACGGGCGGUACGGCGCCCAGGACGAGAACACGGGCCAGUGGAACGGCAUGAUCAAGGAGCUCAUGGACCACAGAGCUGAUCUUGCAGUGGCUCCCCUCGCCAUCACAUACGUGCGAGAGAAGGUUAUCGACUUCUCCAAACCCUUCAUGACGCUGGGUAUAAGUAUACUGUACCGCAAGCCAAACGGGACCAACCCUGGGGUCUUCUCCUUCCUCAACCCCCUGUCGCCCGAUAUCUGGAUGUAUAUUCUGCUGGCUUACUUGGGUGUCAGUUGUGUGCUGUUUGUCAUAGCCAGGUAACAUGUCACUUCCAGUGAUCACAGCCUCACACACAGACAGAAACAUGCUUAGCUUCCAUUGCUUAGCCCCGCCCCUCGGACUAACAGCAGGCCCAUCUCAGUAAUCACAGGAUCUGCAUCCUGAGCACUCUCACACAGUAAAAGCCUUCCACUCAGUGACAGUGCUGACACUAAUCAACAGUCAUGUAUCAAAUGUCAGCCCUAACACCAUUGCUGUGUAAAAUGCUAAAUGCAGUUUAACCGUUAAGGAUCACAUGAAUAUUUGCCUUUUUCAAGUUUCCAAUUCAG